UUUUUGUAUGUGACAUUUUGACUGUAGCGUGCUAGGGAAUACGCCGGGAUUGUGUUAGUAGAAAACUUAUUACUUAUCUUCAAAAUAAUUUGAUUUUCAUAGAAAAAUAUGUUUCAAAGAAAAUUAUCAGCUUUAAAUCAUCCAUCACCAGACAAAAUUAAUCUUAAAGAUACCCAAGAAUUUCGAAGUUUAGUGUUAUGGUUAGAAGAUCAAAAAAUUCGACACUAUAAAAUUGAAGACAGAGAAGGUCUUCGUCAGAUUAAGAAUAACGAUUGGCAAAAAUAUUUUGAUAAAUAUUUAAAAGAUUUGGCUUGUCCUAUUCCAAUUAACAAAUCAAUGGAAUGUUUUGAAUGGCUUUUAUCGUUUGCUGUACGUUUAGAAUAUUCGGAUAAUGUUGAUAAAUACAAUUCUGUAACAACUGAAGUAAAAAAGCAAGCGGUUCCAACUGUAAUUUCAUCAAAUCCUUUAGAUAAAUUAGAUUUUCAAAGUGAAGAAUUUAUCAAAGGUGUAAAUUCCUUAGCAAAAUUAUUGAAUGUUACCCCACAUGCAAAUCAUUUAAUAACAUUGAGAGCAGUUUCAAAAGUUAUUUCAACUCGUUUAAAUGCGCAAGUAUUACAAAACCCAAGUUUAAUAUUAGUAAAGGGUGUACCAAUUCCAUUGGAGGAAGCAAAUUUAGGAUUUACAACUGGCGAUUAUGUGUACAAUCAAGCUGCGAAAAUUUUACGAUUAUUGUAUAUUCAAGAUUUACGUAAAUUACAAACACGCAUAAAUGAAACUAUUGUUGCUGUGCAAACAAUUACGGCUAAUCCGAAAACUGAUACUAAAUUAGGGAAAGUUGGUAGAUAAUUAUAUUUUUGUAGAAUGAUUCUACAGGAAAAAUUAUAUGAUAUUUCGUACUCGUAACAAUAAUGUGAGAAAGUUUUUUAUCUUCCUUUGCAU